AUGACACACAUCGCCAGCUGCAUGCGGCCCGAUGCUGUUAGGACUUCCGUUUAUAUAAACCAAGAAACAUCCUACAGGAUGAGCGUACGUGCCGCCCACAAGCACACAACCUCCUUCAAUCUCAAUGAACCAAUGCCCCGCCGGUCCUGGUCGCUAAGAGAUAUCCAGGCUACAAAAGACUCCAACCUGCCUCGAGCUACCUCCAGAUAUCAACUGUGGCUGUCAGCAAAGAGUCCUGUGGGAUCGCCGUCUGACAAGCUGGCUGCUUUAUCUGUUGGCCGUUCUGGUACAUCACUCAGCGAUACUGCUGUUCCCGCAGAGACUGUUCCGUUCUGGCAACGUUCAGGUUCAAUGUCGAGGAGAAGAAAAGUUAGUGUUCCCGAACUUUCGGGCAUGAUGACCACGGUGCAAGAGAUACCGAUUGAUUCUCCCACAAUUCCAGGCAGACCGCCUCUACGCAGGCCAUCGUACGAGACAGUUGGCCACGAGCGGUCCUACAGUGCCCCUGGUAGAGCCUGGAGAGCUGGUCCUUUUGGGGAUGCAAUGAUCUCCUGUGUCACAGGGCCCUCACCCGUCCUUACACAGCACGCUUACUCCACUACAUUUCAUGACAGCAAUAGCGGCAGGCCACUCUCUCCGAUCUUGAGCCCUGGCGCAAAACCGUCUCUCAAGGUAGAUACCGCCAAUCCGAUGUUGCCGCCUGAAGUACCACCCAAAUCGCCUGCUAUUGAACGCAAUGGGUCGCCUGCUCCACUCAAACUUGGUUCCAAGUCAAGCAGGACCGCGCUCACAACCCCUGGAUCUGCUGCACCAGGUGGAGCCACCCCUGCCAGUGCGGGAGAUAUCAGACGCUCACCAAAUACCGGGGUACUUCUACAAACCCCUUCCUCUGCAGUAUCGUACUCUUUCAGAACAGCAUCACCACGCGACUCCCCAAAGAUCGAGAAGCAGGACCCCAUGGUCACACAAGGAGGCUCGCACGGCCGCAACAUGUCAGAAUCCUCGAUCAUGGACCGUGGUCGUCCAGCUCAGCGUUCCAAGAGCUCCCACAGCCGAGCUUGCUCCGAAUCUGUUGGUCCUGCUGGCCAGGUGGUUGACAGCUGGACGCUUCCCCGAGGCAUGCGUGUACCCGAGGCGUCAAGGCGCAUGAGCGAUGUGGACCAACAAUCACUUCACAAGCAGGCACACGAACAAGCCGGAAACUUCGAAGUCCUUAACAAGGGUGAUGUAGCCUCGUUAUCCAGGGAACUUCGAGCCUUGGAUGAACGCUGCGACUACCUUCGUAAGACAUACAAGUCUCUGCGAGCAGGGCGACAAAAGCUUCACAGCCGGAUGAUCUCUUAUUUGAAACGCGGCGAGACUGUCAUUUUCUCCCGCGAAUCCCUUCUCAAGCAGGAGGAAGCUCUCGCCGAGCUAGACAACUCCAUCGAUGAGUUCAUCGCCAAGCUAGAGCAGUCCGAGAAUCGACGCUUGCGUCUCCGACAAAAGCUACUAGAACAUGUAGCUGCAGCUCUGGUCCUUAGCCCUACAAUGCGUGGUGAUGCUGCUGAGACGACUCCGCCCCGGAGCCCCGUCAAAGCAGAGAACAGUCCAGCCCGUGCAGAGCGGAAAAGGACAGAGUCGAUCAGGAUCUACGCUGACGGUCAUGUUCUCAACCUUUUCUCGGACAUCGAGAAGGCAAUUGGCCAGCUGUGCGAGCAACAGUGCUAA